GACGUCUAUAUAAGCCUACCGAUCCUUGUAACCCCCAUUGGCUUUCUCACGUGUUCUCCCUUCCUAACUUAGUUAGCUUCGCUUCUCUCGAUCGCCAUGGGCACCUCUUCCCGCCACGAUGCCACCAGCACGGCGGCGCAUGCGCUGCUGCUGCUUCUGGUACUGAUGCUGUCGCCAUCGGCGGCCGCCGACCCGGGGUUCUCGUGCGGCCCGUCGUCGCCGUCGCGGUCCCUCCCGUUCUGCGACCGGUCGCUCCCUGCGUCGCGGCGCGCGGCGGACCUGGUGUCCCGGAUGACGGUGGCGGAGAAGGUGUCACAGAUGGGGGACGAGGCGGCGGGCGUGCCCCGGCUGGGGGUGCCGGCGUACAAGUACUGGUCGGAGGGGCUCCACGGGCUGGCCUUCUGGGGCCACGGCCUCCGGUUCGACGGCGCCGUCCGGGGGGUCACCAGCUUCCCGCAGGUGCUCCUUACCGCCGCCUCCUUCGACGAGGGCCUCUGGUUCCGCAUCGGCCAGGCGAUCGGCCGGGAGGCCCGGGCGCUGUACAACCUGGGGCAGGCGGAGGGGCUCACCAUCUGGUCCCCGAACGUGAACAUCUUCCGGGACCCGCGCUGGGGCCGGGGGCAGGAGACCCCCGGCGAGGACCCGGCCACGGCCGGCAAGUACGCCGUCGCCUUCGUCCGGGGCAUCCAGGGCAGCUCCCCGGCAGGCGGCGCGGCGCCCGCGCCGCUGCAGGCCUCGGCUUGCUGCAAGCACGCCACGGCCUACGACCUCGAGGACUGGAACGGCGUGCAGCGCUACAACUUCGACGCCCGCGUCACGGCGCGGGACCUGGCCGACACCUUCAACCCGCCCUUCCGGAGCUGCGUCGUCGACGGCGGGGCCACCUGCGUCAUGUGCGCCUACACGGGCGUCAACGGCGUGCCGGCGUGCGCCAGCUCCGACCUGCUCACCAGGACGUUCAGGGGCGAGUGGGGCCUCGACGGCUACGUCGCGUCGGACUGCGACGCCGUGGCCAUCAUGCGCGACGCCCAGCGCUACGCGCCCACGCCGGAGGACACCGUCGCCGUCGCCCUCAAGGCCGGAUUGGACCUGAACUGCGGGACCUACACUCAGGAGCACGGCAUUGCGGCGAUCCGGCAGGGGAAGAUGUCGGAGAAGGACGUGGACAAGGCCCUAACGAACCUCUUCGCCGUGCGCAUGCGGCUGGGGCACUUCGACGGCGACCCGCGCGGCAGCAAGCCGUACGGCGGGCUCGGCGCGGCGGACGUGUGCACGGCGGAGCACAGGAGCCUCGCGCUCGAGGCGGCGCAGGACGGCAUCGUGCUGCUCAAGAACGACGUGGGGAUCCUUCCGCUCGACCGGUCCGCGGUCGGCUCCGCGGCCGUCAUCGGCCACAACGCCGACAACCCGCUCGUCCUCAGCGGCAACUACUUCGGCCCGGCGUGUGAGACCACCACGCCGCUCAAGGUGCUCCAGAGCUACGUCAAGAACGUGAGGUUCCUGGCCGGGUGCAACUCGGCGGCGUGCGGCUUCGCCGCGACGGGACAGGCGGCCGCGCUGGCGAGCUCGUCCGAGUACGUGUUCCUGUUCAUGGGCCUGAGCCAGGACCAGGAGAAGGAAGGGCUGGACAGGACGAGCCUGCUGCUCCCGGGCAAGCAGCAGAGCCUCAUCACCGCCGUCGCCAGCGCGGCGAAGAGACCGGUGAUCCUCGUGCUCCUCACCGGCGGCCCAGUGGACAUCACGUUCGCGCAAUCGAACCCCAAGAUCGGCGCCAUCCUCUGGGCAGGAUACCCCGGCCAGGCCGGCGGACUCGCCAUUGCCAGAGUCCUCUUCGGCGACCACAACCCCAGCGGGAGGCUGCCGGUGACCUGGUACCCCGAGGACUUCACCAAGGUGCCCAUGACGGACAUGCGGAUGCGCGCCGACCCGGCCACCGGCUACCCCGGCCGGAGCUAUCGCUUCUACACGGGCAAGACCGUCUACAAGUUCGGCUACGGCCUCAGCUACUCCAAGUUCUCGCACCAGCUAGUCACCGGCGGAAAGAACCCUGCUCCCAACACGAGCCUACUCGCCGGCCUGCCCGCGGCGUCCACAGACACCGCGAGCUACUACCACGUUGACGACAUCGGCGACGACGGGUGCGAGAAGCUCAAGUUCCCGGCGGAGGUCGAGGUAGAGAACCACGGACCCAUGGACGGCAAGCACUCGGUGCUCAUGUUCCUCCGGUGGCCGAACGCGACCGACGGCCGGCCGUCGAGCCAACUGAUCGGGUUCCGGAGCCAGCAUCUCAAGGCAGGGGAGAAGGCCAGCGUCAGGAUCGACGUCAGCCCGUGCGAGCACUUCAGUAGGGCGAGGGAGGACGGCAAGAUGGUGAUCGACAGAGGGUCCCACUUUCUCAUGGUUGGCAAGGAUGAGUGGGAGAUCAGCUUCGAAGCAUGAGUAAGGGUUUCAGGUAUGGCAGGAUAAGCAUUACGAUCUACAGGUGGGUGCAGUGCAAUUCUUUGGUUAGUAACUACAGGAAUUCACCAGAGACGACAUGACAGAAGAACUUAAAGUUAUUUAUAAUUUAUAAUUCAUAGUUGCCUCGAAACAUUGGGGCUUUUACAUGUAAUUUAUUAUCAAUAAGAAUGUUUACCUGUGAAAUGUAACAUAUAUGCUCACCUGUCAAGUGUAGCUGAGUCAUUAUUCUUUCAAUAAAAAAUGUACAUCUUUCAUGUUGGAAA